UUCCGCGGACUGCUUUAGAAGUGACACCUUCACUGGAGUCCCACUGCAGAGAGAGUAAAAUGGCUUUAUGCAGUGUUGGUCGUCCAUUACUCCAAAACACAAGAAAUGCUUUGGGAUGUUUUCUUAAGCAAAAGCAGACCUACUGCUCUAAAUCCAACGAAUCUCAGGAGGAGGAGAUUCGUAAGAAGCUUCAGAUGUUUCCAGGAGGAUCCAUAGAUCUUCAGAAGCAAGAGUCGGGCAUUGCACUAAUGACGGUCAAUAAUCCUUUACGAAUGAACGCUUUCUCAGGUAGCAUGAUGACCGAACUGGAAGAACGGGUGUGGGAGCUAGAGAACUGGACAGAAGGAAAAGGACUUAUUGUACGAGGGGCUGCUGGGACAUUCUGCUCUGGAUCUGAUCUCAAUGCAGUCAGGGCAAUAUCAAACCCACAGGAUGGCAUGAAGAUGUGUAUGUUUAUGCAGAAGACUCUUACACGACUCCUCAGGUUGCCCCUCAUCUCUGUAGCACUGAUUGAAGGAAAAGCACUGGGUGGAGGUGCAGAACUCACUACUGCCUGUGACUUCAGGCUGAUGACAUCUGAUGCUGUAAUCCAGUUUGUCCAUAAACACAUGGGCUUAGUGCCUGGAUGGGGUGGAGCUGCAAGGCUGGUCAAAAUCGUUGGCAGCCAAAAUGCCUUAAAAUUACUUGCCGGUGCAAAAAAGGUUGAUCCAGACUUUGGAAAGGAGAUUGGACUAGUUGACAGUGUGUUGAAAACUGGUGAAGGAGACCCUAUCAAGGACACGGAGCAAUGGCUGGGCCAGUUCACAAAGGGCUCAGUUCCUGUCAUCAGGGCUGUGAAGAAAGUGGUGCUGUCUGGCAGAGAGCUUGCUCUAGAUCAAGCCCUCACAACAGAAAGACAUGUUUUUGGGACAGUAUGGGGAGGACCAGCCAAUCUUGAGGCUCUGGCACUUAAAACAAAACACAAGUGAGAGAAAUGUGGUUAAAAAAAUCAUCUUAAACACUAAAGUCUGCAUCUUACAGAGAGACAGGAGAAACCAGUGACUUUAAGUAAAAAAAAAAAGAAUUUAGCACCAUAAUUAUAGAGAUAUGGACUGUAUACAGUAACAUGUACAUGAUAUACAGUUUAUAUCAGCAGGUCUGAAAUUGCUGUUUCAUCUAUGAUUCCAAUAAAUGCCAUUAGGAUUUACUAUAACUGUUGAUAACUGUUUUACAUACCAGUUUAUUGUUAUAGUGUGUAAUAUAAUAGUGUAUAAUUGUAUUUCCAGUGGUUAUAAGAUUGC